GGAAUUAUGGUACAAGAGUAUUACGAAAAAAGUAUAUUAAGCUACAUUUGAUCUUACAUUCGUGUACUUCACGGCAGUAAAUGCUACUUGUUUAGAACACAUUAAUCAGUAUGAGUAGUGUUUCACGAAAAGGCGCGAUAUCUGCAGGUGUAAAACAAGUAUUUCGUGCGGUUCGGUGCCGUUCGUGGUACUGUGUUGAAAAUGUGGAAUAAGAUUCCUUGUGCUAGGUCGGAAUUGGAGCUUUUGUUUACCUUAUGUGGAGGGCAGUGCUUCAGAUGGAAAAGGACUGGUGACUGUGAAUGGACUGGGGUAUUUGCUAAUCGUGUCUGGACAUUAUCACAGAAUAAUGAAUCUAUUUUGUACCGGGUAACAAAGUGCCCUGGACUUGAAACUAGUGAUGAAAUAACACGUAACACAGGGAAGAGUAAUUCUCGAGUUCAGUCAGUAGCAAGAAAAGGGAGAUCAAUGAAGAAGCCCAUGUGUGAAGUCACAUAUACUGAAAAUGAUAAAAUUGGUGAUACAACUAAGACCAGAUCUGAUCAGAGCUCUUUAGAAGAUGAUUUACUAAGAAAGUAUUUUAGGCUAGAUGUAUCACUUGAAGAACAUUAUGCACAGUGGUCAAAGAAGGAUCCACACUUCAUGGAGGCUGCUGAGAAGUUUACUGGGGUGAGGAUUCUCUCUCAGGACCCAAUUGAGAAUCUCUUCUCAUUCAUCUGUUCAUCCAACAACAACAUUGCAAGAAUCUCAUCCAUGGUUGAAAAACUGUGUGUUCUGUAUGGAAAUAAGAUUGCUGAUGUCAGUGGUACAGAGUAUUAUGGCUUCCCUACAUUGGCUGCCCUCACAGACCCAUCAGUGGAGAAAUCACUACGAGAUGCUGGAUUUGGAUACAGGGCCAAAUUUAUUAACCAGUCAGCAUGUAAAAUCAUGCAAAUGGGUGGUUCUGAUUGGUUAGAUUUCUUACAGAGUUUGUCCUAUGAAGAAGCUAAGGUGGAACUAAUGAAAUUACCUGGAAUUGGUGCAAAGGUAGCAGACUGUAUUUGUCUUAUGUCACUUGGACACUUAGAGGCAAUUCCAGUUGACACUCACAUCUAUCAAGUAGCAGUUCAGCGCUACUUGCCUCAUCUUAGAGGUCGCAAGACAGUCACAGAUAAAAUGUAUAAUGAGAUAGGAGACCACUUUAGAGCUUUGUAUGGUUCUUUAGCUGGAUGGGCACAUACAAUUCUUUUCUGUGCUGACUUAAAAAUGUUCCAGGAUUCUGCUAAACAAAAACUGGGCUUACAUGAUAUAAAACCUCAAAGAAAGAAAAGAAAGCAGGAACAGGCGCUGUAAUACCAUUUACACACUGCCACACUGCUAACUAUUUUAAUUGAAUUCUAGCUACUUGGUCUUAUGUAAGAGUGAAGUAAAGACUAGAAAAUGAAAUUGUUGAACUUGCUGUGUUAAAGUAAUCUUUUCAUUCAGAGGUUUCUUUUUGAUACUUACACUGAGAGAAAAAGUUCCACAUCCACAUGAAACAACAGGCAUUGCCUUAGUUUGAUAUAUUGUAAUAACGUAUUUAGAUUUUUUUGUAGAACAGUGUUGCCUAUCGACUAUCCAUUGUAAUAUUUUACUGUCACUGUCGUUUGUGUUAAUAAACCUUGGUAGUUGAUGAAGUAACA